AUGGAAGGAAGUGAAGAAAUUCAGCAAGAAAUGAUGAGAAGACCUAAUCACCAGCAGUGGCCAUACCACUACAAAGGACCAAAUGCACAAUCAUUACCAGAUGAGGAGCUUAAGAAGUUAGAAGCAGAGGAAAAGAUCAAGCUCAAGCAGUGCCAUGUCGCUUUAAAAAAUAUUAAUAUUGUG